AAGCUGGAUCUCUGCUCGGUGCUUCCGCUUUGGCUGUAUCGCUGUUUUCACGCGUGCCAAUGGCGGAGCUGAGGGAAACACAUCCAUCCGGCACUAAGGCGCGGGACCGUUUGUGGAAUGCGUGAAUCCUCCAACACUUUUUUUUUUUUUUUUUUUUUGAAUCUGCGUGCUUUUCAAGCCAGCAUGAUUGACAGUAGACAACUGUGAGUGAUGAUGAGGAGGGCCUUUUGGCUGGUAAGGUGCUUUGGGAUUGGGAUUGUCCUCCUUAUGCUCCUUACUUACAUCAGGGCUCAAGGAACAGAAGACUGGCAUUAUGAUGAGUGUAAGUUGUAUCGAGCUGGACCGCCUGCCACCAUCGUCACUAUUGAUGAAGAGAGUCCAAAUGGCACGGUUCUGGUGGAGAACAUGCAGAUUAACGGUCGAGCACAGGACCCAGGCCGGACAAUAUCUCUUAAUUUACUGGGAAACUAUGACUACUGGGUUAUACUAGACCCUAUCCUCCAGAGGCUUUACCUCAACAGCACAGGAAGAGUACUGGAUCGAGAUCCCCCUGGAUACAUUACCACUAUAGUGGUUCAAGUUCAGUGCACUAAUCAGCUGGUGGGCACUGUAAUCCUGCAUGAGGUACGCAUCGUGGUGCGCGACAGGAACGACAACAUGCCGCAGUUCCAGCAGCCUCGCUAUUAUGUUGCAGUCAACGAGCUCACUCCAGUUGGCACCACCAUCUUCACCGGUUUCUCUGGAAAUAAUGGAGCCAUUGACAUUGAUGACGGACCAAAUGGCCAAAUUGAAUACGGCAUCCAGUACAACCCCAAUGACCCGAUGUCAAACAGGACUGUCCAGGUGGCUAGCACCCUAUCUGGUAACAUUGUCCUUGCGGAAAGACUGAACUAUGAAGAAAGGACGCGUUACCUGAUCAUAGUCCAGGCCAAUGAUCGUGCUCCAUAUCCAGCCAGCAGGCACACUGCUACUACAACGCUGACACUGGAUGUAUUAGACGGAGAUGACCUGGGUCCCAUGUUCCUGCCCUGUGUUCUGGUCAAUAACACACGAGACUGCAGCCCUGUCACAUACCGUGUCUCCAUCCCUGAACUCAUAGAGCCGAGCAAACUGAAUCCCCUAAACAUGUCACCACCCAUCCGAGCGGUGGACCAGGACAGGAACAUUCAGCCUCCAUCAGACAGACCUGGCAUUCUCUACUUUAUUCUGGUUGGCCAGCCAGCUGUCUACCCAGAGUUCUUUUCUUUAAACAAGACCACAGCAGAGCUCCGCCUUCUAAAGCCAGUUAGGAGGGAUCUGUAUCAAAGCUUCAGCCUUGUCAUCAAGGCGGAGCAGGAUAACGGUCACCCACUGCCUGCGUUUGCUGACCUUCGGAUAGAGGUGCUGGAUGAAAACAACCAGGCACCGUACUUCCAGCAGCCAUCAUACCAGGGUUUCAUCAGUGAGUCGGCCCCUGUGGGUGGCACCGUGUCAGGCAGAGCCAACCUCACAGCACCGCUGGCCAUCAUUGCCCUUGACAAUGACAUAGAGGAGAGUAAAGACCCACAGGUGAGGAUAACUCUGAGCGACUACAACACCGUCUUCUCCAUCACGCCGACUGGGAUCACACGUUACCUUCUGCUGAUCAGACCUGUGGACAGAGAGAUACAGACGAAUUACACCUUCAUGAUGGUGGCCUCUGAUGGCGUACAGCAGAGCAUGCCUGUAACGAUCAACAUCAUGGUUAUUGAUGCUAACGACAACACGCCCACCUUCUCUCAGGUCUCCUACAACAUAGAGGUGUUCACUAACAUGCAGGCUGGAGAGACAGUAAUACAGUUAACUGCCCAGGAUGCUGAUGAGGGUCUGAACGGUCUGGUGACCUACACCAUUUUGGCAGGAGAUCAGGGGCACUUCGUCAUCAGUAACCGUACAGGUCGAAUCACCAUUGCUCCAGGAGUGACUCUGAGUGUCGGACGCUCAUAUGCUUUAACAGUCAGAGCAUCUGAUAACGCACCUGAGGCUGAAAGGAGGAGUUCCAUAACAACAGUAUAUAUCGAGGUUCUGCCUCCUAAUAACCAGAGUCCUCCACGCUUUCCACUGACAACCUACAACCUGGAGAUCAGUGAGGCCAUGAGGAUAGGAGCCAUCCUUCUUAAUCUGCAGGCGAUAGACCGUGAGCUAGAUCCAAUUACAUACCGUAUUCUGAGUGGCGAUCCACAGCAGAUGUUCAACCUUUCUCAAACUAUAGGCCUACUGAUGUUAGCGAAGGCAUUGGACAGAGAGACCACUGAUCAGUACUGGCUCAUUGUGACGGCCUCUGAUGGACAACCAGGAGGGAUUUCGACAGCUACUGUCAGUAUUGUGGUCACAGACGUCAAUGACAAUGACCCAUCCUUUGACCUCAUAUUGCCUAGGAACUUAAGCGUCUUGGAGGAGAGGGCCAAUUUGUCUGUGGGUCAAGUCCGAGCCACAGAUCCAGAUGCUGGACCAAAUGGACAGGUGCGCUAUCGGCUCCUUACCCAUGCAUCUCUCUUCAGCAUUAACGCUAACGGCAGCAUAUUCACAGCUGUGCCACUGGACCGGGAAACUCAGAGUCAGUAUGAUUUGGUGGUCGAGGCUUCGGACGGUGCGGUAGACCCUCGCCGCACAAUCCUCACACUGCUGGUGCAAGUGUUAGACAUCAACGACAACAGCCCCGUCUUUUCACGGCCAAUUUACACUGUCAAUGUACCUGAGAACACUCCAGCCGGAACCGUCAUCCUACGCCUUAAUGCUACAGAUGCAGACCUGAUCUCUAAUAUAACGUACCGAAUAAGGACAGACGCAGCACGGCAGCUCUUUGCAGUGGACAGGAUCACCGGAGUUCUCUCAGUGCUGCAGUCUCUGGAUUUUGAGGCUCUAGGUCGAGAUGGUGCUAACUACACCUUCCAGGUGGAGGCACUGGAUUAUGAGGGUGUAUUGCCUCCUGGAAUGGCUACAGUUACAGUGAGGAUUACGGAUGUCAAUGACUAUACUCCAGUAUUCGCUCGGCCCCUUUAUAAAGGCAUGGUGGCUCCUAAUGCUGAGAAGGGAACACUAAUCACUACAGUCCUCGCAACUGAUCAAGACCCAUCUGGGACACCAGCCAGCACGGUGCGGUACAAAGUGGACCAGGAGCAGUCUCCCUACAGCGGCAGCAUCUUUGAUGUAGAGGAAACUACAGGCAGAGUUGUAACUAAAGUGAACCUGAAUGAGGUGCCAAGCACCACUUUUAGACUGAUAGUGAUCGCUUUUGAUGAGGGUGAUCCAGUGAAGAUGAAUACAACUCUAGUGGAGAUCACCGUCCUGCAGCCCUCCAGAAUACCUAUCUUUACAGAGGAGGAGUACUUGUUCAGCCCGGUGAGUGAGAGCGCUGCGAUCGGCCAGGCUGUAGGAAUGGUUCUUGCAGCUGCUGCAAACACCACCGUGUUCUACUCUAUCGUGGGAGGCAAUGAGGGAGGUGAGUUUAGAGUGGAUAACCGCACUGGAAUGAUUUACACCGCUAAGCUGCUCGACUAUGAGACACGCACCAGCUAUGAGCUCCGCCUGCAGGCUGACUCCCUGGCCCUCGUCCUGGCCAACCUGCGUGUACCUUCCAAAACGAACACAGCCAAGGUGUUUAUCAACGUGCAGGAUGAGAACGAUCAUCCUCCAGUGUUCACCGAGUCCCUGUACAUCGGUGGAGUAACCGAAGACACUAAGACUUUCACGUCAGUCCUGAAGGUUAUUGCUACGGACAUAGACACAGGGAACUACAGUAAGAUGGCAUACAGGCUGAUAAUCCCCCCCACUCCAGAGGGUCAGGACAGCUUUGUCAUUGAGCAAUACACCGGCAUCAUUAAAAGUGCCAUCAUGUACCGCAACAUGCGCCGCUCUUACUUCAAAUUCGAGGUCAUUGCCACUGAUGACUAUGGAAAAGGUUUAAGCAGCAGCGCAGAGGUGGUGGUGUCUGUGGUGAAUGCUUUGGACAUGCAGGUAGUGGUGUCCAAUGUGCCGCCGACUGUAGUGGAAGAGAACAAAGAGCAGCUUGUCAGAAUUCUCGAGCGCUAUGUGCAGGACCAAAUACCUGGAGCGAAAGUGAUAGUGGAAUCCAUUGGACCGCGCCGGCAUGGGGAGGGCUAUUCAUUAGAGGACUACAGCAAAUCAGACCUGCAGGUGUAUGCCAUCGACCCUCUCACAAACAGGGCCAUAUCUCGACAAGAGCUUUUUAAGUUUCUGGAUGGUAAAAUUCUAGACAUUAAUAAAGAGUUCCAGCCAUAUUUAGGUGAAGGCGGGAGGAUUUUGGAAAUCCGCUCACCAGACAUUGUGGCUGCUGUGAAGAAAGCUGCUCAGGCUGUUGGUUACACUGAGGGGGCGCUACUUGCCCUCGCCAUCAUCAUCCUCCUCUGCUGCAUCCCAGCCAUCCUCAUCAUCAUGAUCACCUACAAACAAUUUAAAGAGAAACAGGCAGAGUGUGCCAAAACCGCCCGUAUCCAGAGGUCGCUUGCUGCUUCAAAAUCGUCCGCUGCUCCAGCACCUGUUUCAACUCCAGCUUCAGCUCCGUCCAAUCUCUAUGAGGAGCUUGGGGACGGCAAAAUGCGUGGAUAUGGCAGAGAGCAACAGCAGCUGCUGAGGCCAUCUUUGCUCAGGCCGGAGGCACUCUCUAUGGAAUCGGGUAUUGACCCCGGGCAAGACUACUAUGCACAAGACUAUUACAGCUAUGACCAAGGGUAUGAUCCGUAUCCUCCUUAUGGCAGCCGCACGCGGUUGAUAUCUCCCAUGUAUGAUGAGUAUGGAGAGGCCAUAAUGGAUGAAGAUGCCUACUACUACAGUGCCUAUGGCCCAGAGGCUAUCAGAAAGAACCAGAUAAAGUUAAUUGUGGAGAAAGAGGGAGAGUCAACGACUACAGGAGAGGACAGCGGUCCAGAUAUCCAGCGUAACCGUCUGCCUAAUGUUACCUGUCAAAGCAAUGUCAAUGGUUCAGUGUACCUGGCACAGAACGGAACAAUCAUUAGAACCCGACGGCCACCUUAUCCUAAUAACAUAAAACAUUUUUCACCUGGGCGACUAGGGAAACAUUUUAAGAAACUGGACAAGUUAGAAGUCACACAGGAAGAACAUCUACCUUUAAAUAGCACAGUGGAUAAUGGACCUAUAGGAACCACUGGCACACUUUCAUCUAUGACUAACAACAACCUCGACACCAGGCCCUUAACCUGGUCUAUAGGGUCUAAUAUAGGGCCAAAGUCCAACGUUAUUAAAGCACAUUUGGACCACGAGCAGGGGCACUGUCAGCAGGAACAGGAGUCCAGAGUGGACAAUGAGGAGGUCAAAGAGACCUUUGAGUCUCCAAGUGAUCACACACUGUCAGAUGAGGAGGAGUUGUGGAUGGGUCCCUGGAACAACCUACACAUACCAAUGACAAAACUCUGAUGUCUCUGAUAUUUUAUUUAUUCUACUUUAGUUGAAUUGUAGUUUUGUUUUUAUUCCUUUUUUCUCAAACUGUUUUUUCAUAUGAGCAUAUCAACAACCAAGAUUUAUGACUCUACUAUUAUAUUGAAUUACAUCUGAUAUGUUAGUUUUAGGCUGAUUGUUGGUUGUUUUGGCACAGAGAACAGUUAUUCCUAAUUCGAAUAGUUUGCUUAAAAGCAUCCCAAGUGACAUAAACAAGAAUGAUUGGCGAAUUAUGUUUAAUAUUCAACAAUUAUUAUAAGGACAUGUAGCCAACUAAAGAUGUUUUAAGGUGGUGGUAUUUUUGUUUAUUUUCUUGUUUGUUUAUUUAUUUGUGUUUUUUAUGUGUGGAUACAAAAUGUGUAUGAUUUUUCAAUUAUAGUCAAAUAGUUAACUGUUCAUUUAAAACUAUUUUAAAAUUCUUUCUAAAAAAAGGCAUAAAGGUGAACAAUAACAUCCCUCAUAUGAAUGAGUUUCUGUUUUGGAUGAUUUUAAACACACACUUUCAUUUUAGAAUAUAAAUGGAUGUGAUAGCAUUGAUAUUUUGAGGAAAAGGUAAGCGAGGAGAACAUAUAUAAAAUACAUGUAUUUUCAUAACCUAAGUUAUGUAUAUUUUAGAGCAUUUGGGUUGUGUAUGAAAAUUCCUAAAAUUAAAUGAUUUUGGUCUUAUAUGAAUUUAUUGUUUUCUUAUAAAAAGU